AUGUCUACCAGCAACCCAAGUUACGGCAAGAAGGUUACAAGCGAGCCCGCGCCCCCGGUUAAGGAGGGAGCCGGUGCCGUGGCAUCAGAUAGUCUAGCAGCAGAGUCAACGCGGUCCGGCGGUGGUUUCUCGUCAAAUCGCGAUAGCGAGCCACUGGGCGUUGCAGGAGGCAAUUCUACACUUGCAAACAGCAACACUUCCGGCGCUCAUCGCCUAGAUCCUGCGGUCAAUAACGGUGCAAGGAUGGACAAGGAGGACGCGGCUAAGGAAAAGAAGCUUGGAGGUUCUAGCACGUCUUAUCCUGAAGGCUCUGGUGGACAGAGCAAAGCUACAUCGGUCACAGAUACCACGGGAAGCUCCGUAACUGGCGGCUCCACAAGUAACGCGGGCGUUGCACCGACAUAUGUCAAUUCCCAGGGCAAGGAUCAAAGUGGCCCUCACGGCAAGAACAUCACAGAGGGAUUUGAGGGUGGAAAGACUGUUACAGGAGAUAUUGGAUCCGAGAAUGAUCCUGGCAGAUUAGCCGAAGAGCAAUUCGCAAAGACGAACGCGAACAUUGGUCUUGAGGCUGUUCCAAAACAAAAGGGAGGGACUGGAAAGAACGACUUCGAUGCUCUAGGAGGUGAUACUAGUGCUUAA